AUGCCCGUCGUUGCAGGCCCUCCCCAGGCCCAUGGCCCCUCUACCUUUGACAAGAUGAAGAUGGGUGCGAUGAUGGGAUCAACUGUCGGAGGCAUCAUGGGCUUCAUCAUCGGAACCGUCACCAUCUUCCAGUACGGCGCCGGCCCUAACGGAGUUAUGCGAACACUGGGCAAAUACAUGGUUGGAUCCGGUGCGACAUUCGGCCUCUUCAUGUCCAUCGGCAGCGUUAUUCGUACCGAAGGUCCUCACAAUGACGCCUGGCUCCGAGCCCGGGGGCCACCCAUGAUGCUCCCCCGUCAAGCACCACUGCGACGCGUGCAGUAG